CAGAGGAGUAGACCUCAGAGCAAGCAGGAAUAAGAUCAACUGCGUGCGGUAGCCUAAAAGAGUGAUGAAGUAUGGGAAGCAAUUGGUCUCAUUUUCAUGUUAUCCAUCGGGGUACUUCCUGAAACACUCCCACUAGUCAGAUGGCUUUUCGCAUUAUCCUGUGUGGGUGGAUCUUUCACCGAGUUUCAUGUAGCAGCUAACACGACCCGGUAAGUGCAUUGAGUCAGUGCAGCGGAAUGAAUUUGUCAAGUAUCCAGCGUCUCGUGUGAUGUUUUGAGGCGUCAUACUCAAAACUGAAAAUCGUUCUAGGCCUACAGAAAAACAUCGAGAAUGACUUCAUCUUUCGGCGACGGGGAACCGCUCGAUAAUGGAAAUUCAUCGAUGCCAGAUACCUACUGCAUUGUUUGUAUGGACAAUAUACAAGACAAAAAAACCUUGAAAUGUUCUCAUUCAUUUUGCUCAAGUUGCAUAGACGAUGUCUUCAGAGUAAAACCUGCUUGUCCGGUUUGUAAUGCGUUUUAUGGGACCCAUUAUGGUACCCAGCCUCGGGAUGGAGUCAUGAAAGUGACCCGUACUUGGCACUGUGUACCUGGGUAUGAAGGCUGUGGAACGAUUGUUAUCAACUACAGUUUUCCACCAGGCAUCCAAGGGCCUGAACAUCCAAACCCUGGCAAACGUUAUGCAAGCACCAUCAGACAGGCUUUUCUACCUGCCUGUGAGGAGGGUGAGCAGGUCCUCCAGCUGUUGAAAACUGCUUUUAAACGCAGGCUGAUCUUCACUGUGGGAACUUCUGCAACCACAGGGCUCUCCAAUUCCAUCACCUGGAACGACAUUCAUCAUAAGACCAACAUCAAUGGAGGCCCAGCAUUCUUUGGGUACCCUGAUCCAAGUUACCUCAAACGGGUUAAGGAGGAGCUGUGUCUGAAGGGAGUUACUGAAGCAAGCCUGGAGGACUCACCCAUGGAGAGCCCAGUUUGAGGGGCCGUUAGUGUUUGCUAGAGCCCUCAUCUGUUACGAACAAAGCCAUACAGUAUUGUGUCAUAAAACUUCAAAAGCAAAUAAUGGAAUGGAGGACAGUGGAGUACAAACAGUGAAUUAGAGACGGGUGUGCCUUUUUCAUGUUAAUUGUUGUAGUGCAGCGUUCUCUGUCUUUCAGUUCUGUUCCCAAAGUGUUACAUGUUGGAAAAGAUUCCAAUAAAUAAUUGUGUCAUAUAAUG